CUCCGACAACUAUGAGUGAAGCAUUAAAGGCACUGGAGAGCGCGUCGCGUCGCGAGCUGCAGGCGCUGGCCAAAGAAUUGCAGCUAUGCAGGGGAAAUGCCAAGUCAGACGUGAUUGUUAGCAACGCUGCGGAAUUCCUGGACAAGCACCCCAAGGAUGGCGAGCAAAUGGUGUUAGCCGCACUGGGCAGCAGCCGCAAUGUGACUCCCGUGGCGUCACCUGUGGCUAAAAAGAUCACACCCAAGAAGGACACGUCGAAGAAGCAGGAAAAGGCGGUGGCCGAUGUCGAUGUAAACAUUAAGGAGACCCAGAUCAACAAGCAGCAACCGAGGAAUGAGCCGAGGAAGGUGGGGAUGAAGAACCAUGAGAAGAAGACGCCGACGAAGAAGGUGACGCUUGCAGUUACCACCAAGGCUACGCCUACUAUUGCCUCGCAAGCUAAGAGUUCACGCGUUAAGGCUUCAUCUUCGACAAAGAAAUCGCCCACUCGCGAAAGUCAUCCGGCGCCUACUAUUGCCUCGCAAGCUAAGAGUUCACGCGUUAAGGCUUCAUCUUCGACAAAGAAAUCGCCCACUCGCGAAAGUCAUCCGGCCUCUGCAGAAAAUAAUGUAAUUGCUGCCAAGGAAGGGGGGCCUGUUAUUGACAAGAAACCUGCACUAGCCAGCAGGAAGGCUGAGCUCAAGGCGCGAAAGACUGUGGAGGCUCUAGUGAAAUCUGCGAAGGACCUUACAUUUGUUGGUGACUCGCGCGUACGCUGCUCCACGACGGGACACGAGAUGAAGGCAGAUGUGGACGUUAUUACCACAUACAUCUACGGUAAGCGCUACCUCAAAGCUCGCAAUCUUAAGCUCUCGUUCGCAAAAGUUGGCAAUUGCCCGCGACGAGAAGAGUGUCAAGAAGCACACUUCUGCUCCAAAGUACCAAAAGCAACUGCCGAUUUGGAAAGCGGAGGAGGCUGCAAAAAAGGAGGCCGAAGAGGAGGAGGCUCAACGUCGGGCAGCUCGCAUUGA